CGACAGCAAUAUGCACACUUUGAACCCCCAUCCCACAUUUUUUCUCACCGUUUCCCCCGAAUUUUCAUUUUCCCCUGUGCCCUCAUCCCGCGUUCGCCAUGUCAAUGUAUCGCUUCAAAAUGGCGCCGAACCACAUGUCUUCGUUAUCGGCUCGUCCGCUUCGUUCGUGCGCUCGUGUGUCGCCUCAUUCGCUCUCCGAAUUUCGUUUAACAAAGUGGUGCGCGCAGAGUGGCGCUGGAUUCGAAGCAAAAAACACCUACCACAUAUACCUAGUAACCGAUUGUGAUAGCUGUUAAAAAUAGAAUUCCGGACGUAGUCUGAGCAAAAUUGUUAACGUUUAUAUUGAAGGCACAAAAGUAAAUUCCGUUACAAAAAAUUAUAUUUUCUAUUUGCUCUCCCCUUUCCAUUGUUGUUGAGUGUGUGUGCGUGCGUGUCAAUUUUACAGUGCAAAAGCUCGCUCGUAAGAAAAGAGAGGUAAGAAAAGAAGAGAUCUCACAUCUGUCUCUUGGUUUUUCGUCGACUCGAGUGAGAAUUAUUAGUCAGCCAGCGCUUCGUGAGGUUAAAUUAAAUUACAUAUUCUCGCACGCUCGUUAGUUGUGAAAAAGCAACAGGCGCACACACACACACACUACACUCACACUCGCCCGAAUUCGAGGACACGCGGAAGCGGCAAACACAGGGCCAGACUUAAUAUCCUUGGGUGAAAGUCAAUUUAUUGUAUGAGUCAAAAAACUGAAAGACCAGUGCUAUCGGGUCAACGCAUCAAGACCAGAAAAAGAGAUGAAAGAGAAAAAUAUGACCCAACGGGAUUCCGUGAUGCGGUCAUUGCUGGUCUCGAAAAAACUGAAGGCGACCUGGAACAAAUCUCUAAAUAUCUAGACAGCGCGGGCAACAAGCUCGACUAUCGUCGCUACGGAGAAGUUCUCUUUGACAUAUUGAUUGCUGGAGGUCUACUAGUGCCUGGUGGUUCCAUAUCUCAGGAUGGCGAAAAGCCGCGCACAAGCUACUGCAUCUUCGAUGCGCCCGAGAGCAUGGAGAGCAUGCGCAACCAUGAGCAGGUAUUUGUCAAGCUCAUCAGACGGUACAAGUACCUUGAGAAAAUGUUCGAAGAGGAGAUGGGAAAGGUUCUAUUAUUCGUAAAGGGCUUUACUCCUAGUGAACGCAUCAAGCUUGCGCGUAUGACAGCGCUCUGGUUAGUCAACGGCUCUGUACCGCCAAAUGUUUUACUGGUACUAAACAACGAGCACCUGAUCAAGGAUGGCAUUGCUCUGGAGUUUCUACUAGAGCUGUUCCAGACGUUCAAGCAAGAGAAGGGCAUUGCAUAUCUGAUUCAGGCGCUUAAGAAGGGUGGACUGGAAAGCAAACUUAUGGACUUUUUCCCACCGAACAAACGUACCGAGGAAUAUUUUAAACAAGUUUUUCUUGACAAAGAACUCAACGAGAUCGUUAAGCUGCAUAAGGCUCAGGCUAGCCAGGAGGCGAAGCGUGAGUUGCAGCAGGCGCUCAUCGAUGAUAUCAACGAUGAGAAGCCAUAUCAUGAGAUAACCUCUGACAUUAAGGACUUCUCGCAACGCACCAACAUUCCCGAUCAUGAAAUAAUUGUUAUUAUUUGGUCCACCAUCAUGUCAUUGGGCGAAUGGAACAAGAAGGAGGAGCUGGUUACCGAUCAGGCUGUUCGUCACCUGAAGAACUACUGCCCACUGUUGCAGGCUUUCGCCUCGACCGACCGUUCGGAGUUGGCCCUAAUCUUGAAGGUGCAGGAAUUCUGCUACGAGAACAUGAACUUCAUGAAGGCCUUCCAGAAAAUCAUUUUGUUGUUCUACAAGACCGAGGUUCUGUCCGAGGAGAUCAUCUUGCGCUGGUACAAGGAGGGCCACUCAAACAAGGGCAAAAUGCAUUUCCUUGAACAAAUGCGAAAGUUUGUCGAAUGGCUUCAAUCAGCCGAAGAAGAAUCCGAAUCUGAGGACGAACAAAAGAAUGGCGAGUAAGAACUUGGUUGAUGGCUAAAUGAGGAUGAACACAAACGGAGCCGCCCUUUAGCAUCCCCACCCAAAAAUUCGAAACCAGCACCUGCAACAGCCAGUCGAACUAUAUAUAAAACUCACCCCUAUGAAUAACGUCAUUUUGAAAACUCCACCUAUAUAAAACUCAAAAAUUCCAACAAUAAAGGAGAGAGUAAACAAAAACAUGCUAGAAACUAAACGUUUGCAGUCCAGUCUGAUAUCAUCCACGAAUCGAAUCUUCACUUAGUUCCCGUUUGCAAUAUACCGGCAAACCCAGAUUAAAUAUGUUAAUAAAAGUUUCAAGUGGAAACGGCAGCAUGCUCCAAAUUAAUAAAGAACAUCUGACCUCCAAUAUCGUCGAUUACUGCGACUGGAGAUCCACGGAGUUGUUGCAACAAUAGGAAACCAAAAGAGAUACCGUAGAGAUGCUUUGUGUGGAUACGGGGAUGUGUUCCGUUUGUAUGUUCGCAUUAUUCUUCAAUCAAUUGUCCCCACAUAUUUAACAAGUAGUACUCACUCUCGAAGGAUUUGCCACGGCGACGAAAGGAAAUUAAUAAGUUGUAUUUGAAAGAUCAAUAUCACCUAGCAAAGUUUCGUCUAACAAAAUCUAUGGAUUUACGAAAUAUAAGAUGCAUAGACUUACACAUGUAUAUGUAUAAAACCAUUAAACGAAACAACCCAAAGUAUUUAACUGAAA